AUGUCCAUACCGGCAGCGCUCCGUGUUGAAAGCAUGCGCGACUUGCUGUCGGCCGCAGGACCACUAGCGUCCUGGAGGACACUGGCCUUGAUUUUGGCAUUUAUCAACUUGAAGAGUCUCCCAUUCGUCUGGCAUUUCCGCAUUCUGUACCACUUUGCGACCAAUUUGCGUUUGAAGCCUAGUGCUCCCUUCUUCCCAAAGGGGAAGGCCAUUCUGGAUGCACAAGGCCAGCCGACACACCCAGUCUUUGUGCCAGUCCGAGUCACUUCGCGAACACCAUUGCUGGAGACAGACUAUAAUCUACACAAAUCGAACAGCACAUAUUUCACCGACCUGGAUGUGUCGCGUACGGCACUCGUGAGCCGACUUUACAGUCCCGGCGUUGGCCUGGUCAGCAAAGAGCUAGAUAAGGAAUUUGCCGCUGCAGCUCAGGCCGAAGGGAAGCAUGCCCCCAAGAAGAAGCCCGUUCUCAUCGUGCUUGGAUCUGUCUUCUGCAGUUUCAAACGCGAGAUCAAGCCCUUCGAGCUGUAUGAGAUGCACUCCAAGGUGAUCUCCUGGGACAAGAAAUGGAUGUACAUCCUCACCUGCUUCAUGCGUCCCGCUAGCCGUCCUGGUGGUGAGAAGCAAAUAUUGGCCACUGCUCUGAGCAAGUACGUUGUCAAGAAGGGUCGUUUGACUGUCGCCCCAGAGCGGAUCCUCCGCCUUGGUGGAUUCCUCCCCGCGCCUCCACCAGGGAGCCAGACCAAGGAGGCACCGACCGACUCAUCUGCCGAAGUCUCUGCAAUUGGGACCCCUGCUAGCGGCGAAGGUAUCACCUCCACUGGUGUUGAUGGAUCUCUGGUGCGCGAGGUGCUCAAAAUGAAUGAUGAAGAUAUUCCGAAGCGAGAGGUUCUCGAAGAACAAAAGGCUGCCAAUUCCGACUCAUGGGAUUCUGAGGAAUGGACCUGGGACAGAAUUGAACAGGAGAGGCUGCGGGGACUGGCCGUCGUGGAUGGUUACAUUAACCUAGACGAUAAACUACACCAGGAAUGGAUGUAA